AUGUGUCCAGCAAACUCGACACCUUCGUCGAAUGUAGAAGAAGUGCCAACCAAAACCACCGUCAACGACCAGAUACCUUUGUCGCCUUUGACCUUGGGGAGGGUUGCGUGGACUGUGGUCGAUGCUUCUGCAAUCACUUCUCAACAAUUGUCCUCUCUAUGCUUCGAAAUGACCAAGGGUGCACCAGUCGCCAUGCUGGAAUCCACAGCCAAGGGACGCUACUGCAUCUAUGGCUUUACUGAAACAGAUUCUGAGGUCCUCGAAUACUCGACAGGAAUUCUGAGAUCAAGACGUGGAGAUAUCUUGCAAAGUGAAGAACCAGUGCCGCCUCAUCAAGCAUUGAAUAUUAUCGAAAAUAGGACAAAGAUGAGCAGCUCUACAGAUGGUUGUUCAGACAUUCCCUUCUGGGGAGAUCUGUUGAAGGUAUCCUCAAACAGAUCGCGGAAUGUACCGGAUUUCUCGUUCGUCUUCGUCGAGCGAAGCAUGGUACUCGACCAGAGGACAGGAAAUAUUUACAUACAAUCGAUUCGUCCCAAGGAUCGUGAUUGGAUUCUACAGAUCCAGGACCAAGUCUCAAAGCUCAGCACAAUGAAUCAAUCAUUUAGGUCGGACAAAAAUAUUUCAUACCUGCAGCACAUCCUAGCCGACGCGAAGUUCGCGAUCCCGCAUGAAGACGAGUACAAAACUCUGUUCACACAUUGCGAUGACCACUUGCAUGCUGGGAAUUCAUAUGAAUUGUGCUUGACAUGCGAGGCACGUAUUGACAUCGGCUGUCCCAAAGUCGAGACUUCAUUUGAUCUCUAUCGCAAUCUCAACAAACACAAUCCAGUGCCAUUCGCAUCCUACCUCCACUUUCCGGCUGAUGCAGCAAAUUGCAGUGGCACAACCAUACUCUCUACGUCUCCCGAGCAGUUUCUUUCUUGCUCGCGCAACGGCACACUCGACAUGAUCCCGAUGAAGGGGACGGUUCAGCGUACACCGACGACAACACUUCAGGACGCCUACAGGAUACUCGCUUCACCCAAAGAAGCAGCCGAGAAUCUUAUGAUCGCCGACUUGAUACGACACGACCUCUACUCUAUUGUUGGCUGUAGAGCCUACCCGCUACAUACUCAAACGUCGCAUCCGAACAAGAUCGUUGCUUGUCAUUACCGUGGAGACCUUACACCUCCAAGUCUAGAGAACGACAUCCAUGAUCCUCAUGCACCUGAAGAUCUUGCUCCUCACACAAUACGAAGUCCAUUGUCAAUCUUGGCACUAAAUUCUGUCGGAACCUUCGAGACAGUAUAUCAGCUGGUAUCGCAUAUUCGAGCGCAUCCACCACCUACACUUGAUGUUAGUAAUCCUCACGCAGUCAUUGAACACAAUCACUCCGCACUCCAUCACGUGCUCCCGCCAGGUAGUAUGACCGGCGCGCCGAAGAAGCGUUCCUGCGAAAUACUCCAGCAGCUUGAGAAUAGAAAUCGGGGUGUGUAUAGCGGAAUUAUUGGCUAUAUGGAUGUUGGAGGCAGCAGCUGCUGGAGCGUGGCCAUCAGGACAGCUUGGAGCAGUGCAUCUGAGGACUAUAUAGCCGACACGAGCUUGCCCACUGGGAAGGACGGUGUCAAGUCCGAUGAUGUCGAUACAUUGGGGAGCCGAAGGCGAAAGAUAUGGCACGUUGGUGCUGGUGGUGCCAUUACUGUUUUGAGCGAACUUGACGGCGAGUGGCAGGAAAUGAUAGGGAAAAUGCGAAACGUGCUGAACGGCUUUCGGAAGGUGAAGGAGGAGCACCCUAUCUGGCGUUCAGCUUGA